AUGCCUGCUCCGGGAGCCUUCAUCCUCCUCGCGGCCGUCUCUCUCUCGGGCUGCCUGGCGUCCCCGGUCCAUCCCGACGGAUUCGCCCUUGGCCGGGCCCCCCUGGCUCCUCCCUACGCUGUGGUCCUCAUUUCCUGCUCUGGCCUGCUGGCCUUCAUCUUUCUCCUCCUCACCUGUCUGUGCUGCAAAAGGGGUGAUGUUGGCUUCAAGGAGUUUGAGAACCCCGAAGGGGAGGACUGCUCUGGGGAGUACACCCCCCCUGCAGAGGAGACCUCCUCCUCGCAGUCGCUGCCUGAUGUCUACAUUCUCCCUCUGGCUGAGGUCUCCCUGCCAAUGCCAGCCCCGCAGCCUGCACAUUCAGACAUGACCACCCCCCUGGGCCUUAGCCGCCAGCAUCUCAGCUAUCUACAGGAGAUUGGGAGCGGCUGGUUUGGGAAGGUGAUCCUGGGGGAGAUUUUCUCUGACUACACCCCGGCCCAGGUGGUGGUGAAGGAGCUCAGGGCCAGUGCUGGGCCCCUGGAGCAGCGCAAGUUCAUCUCCGAAGCUCAGCCCUACAGAAGCCUGCAGCACCCCAACGUCCUCCAGUGCCUGGGCCUCUGUGUGGAGACGCUGCCCUUCUUGCUGAUCAUGGAGUUCUGUCAGCUGGGGGACCUGAAACGAUACCUCCGGGCCCAGCGGCCCCCCGAGGGCAUGUCCCCCGAGCUGCCUCCUCGAGACCUGCGGACCCUGCAAAGGAUGGGCCUGGAGAUCGCCCGUGGCCUGGCGCACCUGCACUCGCACAACUACGUGCAUAGCGACCUGGCGCUGCGCAACUGCCUGCUGACCUCCGACCUCACGGUGCGCAUCGGGGACUACGGGCUGGCGCACAGCAACUACAAGGAGGACUACUACCUGACGCCUGAGCGCCUGUGGAUCCCGCUGCGCUGGGCCGCGCCCGAGCUGCUGGGGGAGCUGCAUGGGACCUUCAUGGUGGUCGAUCAGAGCCGGGAAAGCAACAUCUGGUCCUUGGGGGUGACCCUGUGGGAGCUGUUUGAAUUUGGGGCUCAGCCCUACCGCCAUCUGUCAGACGAGGAGGUCCUGGCCUUCGUGGUCCGCCAGCAGCACGUGAAGCUGGCCCGCCCCAGGCUCAAGCUGCCCUACGCGGACUACUGGUACGACAUCCUGCAGUCCUGCUGGCGGCCCCCGGCCCAGCGGCCCUCGGCGUCCGACCUGCAGCUGCAGCUCACCUACCUGCUGUCGGAGCGGCCGCCGCGGCCGCCGCCGGGCCUGACUCACGGCCCCGCCCUCCAGAACCGGACGCUGCGGGAGGCCCCGGAGCCGCGGAUCCACGGAAGGCCCGACCCCCCGUCGGCCCUGGCCAGUCCUGGCUCCGGCCUGUCGUCGCCGGGCCCCAAGCCGGGGGACAGCGGCUACGAGACCGAGACCCCUUUUUCCCCCGAGGGAGCCUUCCCCGGUGGGGGGGCGGCCGAGGAGGAAGGGGUCCCUCGGCCGCGGGCUCCCCCCGAGCCGCCCGACCCCGGAGCGCCCCGGCCACCCCCAGACCCGGGUCCCCUCCCGCCCCCCGGGCCGCAGGAGAAGCCGAGCUUCGUAGUGCAAGUGAGCACCGAGCAGCUGCUCGAGUCCCUGCGGGAGGGCGUGACCAGGAACCUCCUGGGGGGCCCGGGGCCCCCGGCGCCCAGGAAGGCGGGGAGAGGCCCCCCCGCGAGCCGAGAGACAGCUCCCCCGGGCCCGAGCCCGGACCCGCCAGCCCCGGGCAGCGGCGCCCAGACAGCCCCCAGCCCGAGCCUCCCCGGGAACGGGAGCGGGGUGACAGCCUCGCCGAACGGGGACCAGGCAGCCCCGGGCCCGGAGAAGACGGCCGAGAACGGGGGACUGGGGUCCCCAGAGAGGGGCGAGACAGUGCUGGAGAAUGGGGAGCUGACGCCCCCAAGGAGGAAGGCGAGGCCCCUGGAGAAUGGGGAGCUGAGAUCCCCAGAGGCCGGGGAGAAGGCGCUGGUGAAUGGGGGGCCGACGUCCCCAAAGAGCCGGGGGGAGAAGGCGCCCGCGAAUGGGGGCCUGAGGCUCCCCAGGAACACGGGGAGCCCACCGGAGACUGGGCCUUGGAGGUCCCCGGGGCCCCAGGAGAAGACGCCCGGGACUGGGGGUCCAGCCCCAGAGACCUCCCUGGAGAGAGCCCCCACCUGCGGCCAGGGGCCCUGGGCCCAGAACGGCUUGGAGACGGCCCCUGGCCCGCGUGGCCCAGCCCCCAAGAACGGGACGCUGGACCCCGGGACCGAGAGGAGAGUCCUCGAGACUGGGAGGCUGGACCUCGGGAAUGGGGGCCGAGCCCCGGCGGACGCGGGGAUGGGGGGCCCAGGCGGAGGCCCCGAAAACGGCGCGGACGCAAAGGCCGGAUGGGGAGACAGCAAGAGGCCACCGCCGCUGCCGCCGCCACCGGAGGCCCCGGCGAGGAGGCUGGAGCCAGUGCCCCCGAGGGUCCGGCCGGAGGUGGCCUCCGAGGGAGACCCCCCCGGGGUCCCAGACCCCAGGGCCGACGGAGACACAGCACCCAGCGGAGACGGGGACCCCCCCAAGCCCGAGAAGAAGGGCCCCGAGAUGCCACGACUGUUCUUGGACUUGGGCCCCCCUCAGGGGAACAGCGAACAGAUCAAAGGACCUCGGGGCUCCGGGAGGACGCGGGCAGCCCCGGUGCCCGUCGUGGUGAGCAGCGCCGACGCGGACGCGGCUCGGCCGUUGCGGGGAUUGCUCAAGUCUCCGCGCGGGGCCGACGACUCGGAGGACAGCGAGCUGGAGAGGAAGCGCAAGAUGGUCUCCUUCCACGGGGACGUGACCGUCUACCUCUUCGACCAGGAGACACCAACCAACGAGCUGAGCGUGCAGGGCCCCCCCGAGGGGGACACGGACCCAUCAACGCCCCCAGCGCCCCCGACGCCUCCCCACCCCGCCACCCCCGGAGAUGGGUUUCCCAGCAACGACAGCGGCUUUGGAGGCAGUUUCGAGUGGGCGGAGGAUUUCCCCCUCCUCCCCCCGCCCGGGCCCCCCCUGUGCUUCUCCCGCUUCUCCGUCUCGCCUGCACUGGAGACCCCGGGGCCCCCCACUCGGGCCCCCGACGCCCGGCCCGCAGACGAGGGGCUGAGAGUGGAAUCCUGUGUGGAUGACGGAGUCACUGCCACUGCUGCAGACGCCGCCUCCGGGGAGGCUCCCGAGGCCGGGCCCUCCCCGCCCCCCACCACGUGCCAAACGGGAGGCCCCGGCCCCCCGCCCCCGAGCCCCCCAGCCACCUCCCCUGACACCCCCGAUCCCCUCGGUGCCACAUGA